UCUCCUCCUGAUCCCAUCUUCAAAAGGUGCGUAUAUUGAAUGAAUACGAGCUGCUGGUAGUGGUGUGGCUUGGUCAGUAUUCUGUUUCCAGUCCCCUUCAGGGCAAGGGGCAUCCCAUCCCAACCCACCACACAGCUACACCAAGAGACUGGCAUAACACAGUGUUUAAUGUGCCUCUGCUGUGCUUGACUUUGUCGUUUGUUUGCUUCCCAAGAAGACAAACACAUCCUCUGUGGGUCCGUGUUAAUGUCUGUGACUUUCUGUUUGCUCUAACCAGUAUGUUUUCCCCCUUUCUUUCCCAGUAAAUGCACAUCCGUCAAGCUUUCUCAUGUGCUCACACGUUAGCCUGUCCUUUGAUCCAUGCAAGAAGCAGGAAAACGGAUACAAUAAUUAAUUACAAAUACUGUUCUGGAAGCCUUGUUGGAAAAUCGCAGUCUUGCUUUGGAGGGCAGAAGUUUUAACAGGGUUGGCAUAGUAAAAGAAAUUGUAUUAUUAUUAUUUUUAGAAAAAAGAAAAGGCUACCACCGCAGUCUGCUUUCAAAGAGCUUUUGUGCAACAAAAAGGCAGAAUCUGUCCUUGAAAUUUGGCUUAAGGUGAUUUUUUUUUUUUUUUAUAAAGAAAAGUGUGACUGCAGACUGUUGGGAAAGCCAUACUGUGUGCUUAUGAAAUCAGCAUCUUGCUUGUUUUGACUGGAUAAAUGGAGUAAACAAGAAAUCUAAAUAGAGUUGAACUAUAAUUUAAGUCAGCACCUCAUUAAAAAGAAAGUUGGGGUGCUCCACAGCACAAGCUAAAGUGAUAAGGUGCUGCAUGAGCACGGCUUGUGAAGGUGACUUAAAGGUGAUUUGCUGUUCUUAUCAGGUAAAUGGGCGUGUGGGCGGUUUGGUGUUUGUAAAUAUGUGGCGGACAGCAGGAAUAAGUAUUUGCAUGCGGCGCGUGUUGGAUUGUGGUUUGUGGAUUGGCUGUGCUGCACUGACAGACGUACAGUAAAGUCAUUGGAUAUCAAUAUGCACUGCUCAAAAAAAAAUGGAAGGACUUUUUAAUCAGAGUGCAGCCUCAAGUCAAUUAAACUUGUGGGAUAUUGAUCUGGUCAGUUAAGUCGCAGAGGGGGUUGUUAAUCAGUUUCAGCUGCUUUGUUGGUCAUGAAAUGAAACGAGAGGGGCAACAAUGAGACAAUACCCAAAACAGGAAUGGUUUUACAGGUGGAGGCCACUGACAUUUUUCCUUCCUCAUCUUUUCUGACUGUUUUUUCACUAGUUUUGAAUUUGAAGUCAGUGUUAUUAUUGGCAGCAUGAGGUGCCAAGGUUUGCUGUGUCUCCCAGCACAGUCUCAUGAGAAUGGAGGAGACUCUUUGAGACAGCCAGUUACUUAAGGAGAGCUGGACAGGGUCAUAAAAGGUUCUUCCCGUAUUAGUAGGACUGGUAUCUGGAGGAAUAGCAUGGGCACUGCCAGAGCUAAAAAAUGGCCUCCAGCAGGCCGCUGGUGUGAAUGUCUCUUACCAAACAACCAGAAAUAGGCUUCAUGAUGCCCAGUACUGUGCAGCUCGAUUGGAAUUUCCCAUAGAAUCCCAGAAUUGGCAGGUCCACCGCUGGCACCCUGUGCUUUUCACGAAUGAGAGUAGGUUCACCCUGAGUACUUGUGACAGACGUGAAAAAGUCUUGAUAAGCUGUGGAGAAUGUUAUGCUGCCUGUAACAUCAUUCAGCAUCAUUAGUUUAGUGAUGGUUCAGUGAUGGUUUGGGAAGGCAUUUCAAUCAGGGACACACAGACCUCUACAAGCUUGACAACAGCGCCCUAACUGCCUUUAGGUAUCUGGAUUAAAGUUCCUUCGGGUGAUGUGAUGACAGUAUGCAGGCAGUUCUAUGACAAUGAAAGAAUUGAUACCCCUGAAUGGAUGCAAAUCUCUGGGACAUUGUGUUUUGGUCCAUACAAUGCUGCCAGGUUGCAGCUCAGACUGUCCAGAAGCUCAUCGAUUCCCAUUGAGAUCUGAUGUUUUCAAAUUGUCCCUUUAAUUAUUUAUUUAUUUUUUUUGAUCUGUGUAUAAUGAGCACAUAUCCUGUCCACCUCAUGUCAAUGCAAACCAGCUGUCGCCACUACCUGUGGUCAGGGAUGAUGCAAAUCGUACCCAAUGUGAAAAUAUAAAUCCCCAUGAAAAGAAAACUUAGAUCCAAGACUUUCACCUUGCGUGUGCAUCCUGCAGACAACUCCAGGCAAGGAUUAAUGCUUGAAUAAACAAAACAAAACAAAGGAUUCCUCAGCUGCUACCAAAGUUAUUGAGCCAGACAGGGUAUUGUCACGACUAACAGGCAAAGGGAACGUAAGCAGAAACCUUCAGUUGGAUUCACGGCAAUAAAAAACACAAUAUCUGACCCAGGUGAGCUUCGCUAGUGUAGGAAUUUCCUACACUAAUUACUCUAACCUUCUUACCUCACUUGUUUGCUUUGCAUGUGACCACCUUAAAUUUCAGAAUUGGCAUAAAAUUCAAACAUUGACCAAAGAUUUUAAUUGGGCCUGUUUGUAUCUGUUUAAUGAAUUUCAAAUGCUAAAUGUGUGAAUCUUUUCCUCGGGCCUUUCUGACAAGCUAUGACUGAUUCAAUUCUGUGACAGAAAUGAAGAAUCAUCUGAUUUUGGAGUGUGUGUAUAUAAUUUCUUAUUCCUCUUCCCCCCUUCUUGUCAUCUCUUUGAACGCAGCAAAACCAAAGCACUUCAGAAGCCCACACAGACUGCUGAGUGUUGCACGGAGACUUAAAGACUACGGUAUCCUUGUUAAAGUUUACGGCACAGAAGAGUUUGGGGUUAUGCUUGUGUUAAUUAAAUAUCCCCUCUGGGUAAUGACGGGUGUGCUGGGCAUCACCACUGUCUUUUUUAAUUCCUAUAUCUCUUUGAUGAGUGUGUUGAACUACAAGGAGAAAAAGCAGUGGACGCCUUGUGAAACUAUCACCAUGGCUCUGUCGGUGGCCAGUAUUGCUCACCAGAUGACUUGCUACUUCUGGAUGACCAUGGAUGAGGUGGACAGUAACUGCCAGAUUGCCCAGAUAGGCUACGCUAUCCUGCUGGUGCUUACCUUCAGCUUCAAGUUCAUCAUCAUGUGGAACAGCAGCUUUCUCACUUUCUACUACAGCACCAAACUGGUUCACGAACCCAACCACUGCUACACACACGCCCAAGAUGUCAUUGUCAAGCAUGUGACCAUAGCUGUGAUUCUCAUCCCUCUGUUUGGUUUUGGCACCUGUUUGCCAAUGUUCGUGUUGUUUAACGCUGGCAACCCAGCAGCUGCUGGAAACGCUGUUGGCAACAUCACCUACAAAGCAAAUGGAGACUGUGGACUUGUAUUCUCUGACACCACUUCUGUGAAGGUUUAUCAAGUCAUGUACUUGCUCCUCUCUGAUGUAUUUCCAGGGGUGGUCAUGGUGAAAUGCUGCAUCUCCAUCUCUGUUCACCUGGCCAUCCAUCUCCAGCACAUGAAAGCUAGCACCAAUGGAACCCACCCUCCAAAGCUGGGCACUCAGAUAAGGGUCAUCGAAAUGGCUCUUGGUCUAGUGGCCAACUUCCUUGUCCUGCUCGUGGUUGACCUGUAUGUCAACUACAAAAUUGUGGUGCACCAAGAGAGCACCCUCUCUCUCACAAUCUUUUUCACAUCACUCUACACAACCGUUGCUGCCGUGGUGCUCAUCUACGGCAAGAGGACUCUUUGGAAAACGCUGAUACAUGAUUUUAACUUCUGGCUUAGUGAAUAACUGUAUUUGUCUUGUCUGAAGGUGCCCGAACAAAAGACUCAAGCCAGCCUUCCUUCAAAAGUUAAAAACUGGGGGACAAAAAAAAGCCAAUUUGCUUUCUGCUGGAGGUCUUUGUGCUGAAAUCAAUUGGUCAUUGUCUGAACUUAUUAAAAAACUUUGAAGUAUUCUUUUAUCUUUUGUGCUAGCAAUUUCAGUAAUGACUACUGUCCUGCUGCAUCACCAUUAAUUACAGUUUCUUGCAUCAGAAUGGGAUUUUAGCUGUGCUGGCCACUUAGAGCUCUGCAAGUGAAUGCACACCGGGGCCAUAUAACCAGCUGACCAGGCCAGUACCUAUGAAUAUUAAUAUUUCAGUAGUACAAAUAAUAAGUUAGGACUGUAAAACAGAUCCCAAAGCAUGCGUGCUUAGACAUGAUGUAACUUGGGGCCCAUCUGAAAACGUUAAAAAAUACAUGUGACUGAGGUAAGAGUACAGAGCAUAUUAAUAAAACAGGAACGUAUGCAGAACCUGGCUUUAAGAGUUUUUCCCCCUUUCACUCAGGUUGCAGAUAGUUUAAGCUGCACACAGGGACUGGAGUAACCUGCAUGUUAGCUGGAAGGAUGCCAGGCCAAAUCCCCGCACCAUAUGAGGGGAAAAAAAACACAAACCCGAUGAA